AUGGCGAGGGAGAGUGGCUCCAAUUGGGCCCCCGGCUCCAAUGCCGACUUCUUCGAGUGCUUUUGUGGCGGUGGAGAGCAUCCGGGAUCAGGUUGCUUCGGAGAGCGACGACGAGAACUGGGGGAAUUGGAAGCCGACCGAGGGCUCCCAAACUAUGGCCGCCAGCUCGCACGAGGACGUGAUGGUGGACAGAAUAAGCCAACUGGUGGGCUUUGGGGGGAAGGCCUCUGCGAGGCGACAGAAGCUGGUGGCCACGGCGCGUGGGAUGCAGCAGCCAAUUACGCCUCCCAAGACAACCACCAGCGCUCCAGUGACACCUCCGAAGGCAAUGCCAGCCUCUACUCCAAAGACUCCACCAAAGAGUCCGCCAAAGAGUCCGCCAAAGGCCGCGCCAGCGCCGCCCAACAUCUGGACAGCACCACCCCCACCCAGGGCCGCUCCGAAGGCUGCCGCUCCAAAGGUUCCAAAAGCAGCGGUUCCAAAGCCGCCGAAGGGUCCGAAAGCAGCGAUUCCAAAGCCGCCGAAGGGCACGACUACAACAACGCCGGCUCCUUUGACAACGCCGGCCCCUGUGGCAACGCCGGCCCCUGUGGCAACGCCUGCCCCUGUGGCAACGCCGGCCCCUGUGGCAACGCCGGCUCUUGUGGCAACGCCGGCUCCUGUGGCAUCGCCGGCCGCGGCUCGAGCAAAGGCCAGUGCUCAAGCAAAGGCCGCUUCGACAAGGAUGCCGAGCCCUCCUCCGGUGUGGGCCAGGCCUACUUCGACACCGAGACCUACCUCUGUGCCGGUUCCGGCGGCACGACCAAGCUCGGCACCUACUGCGAUGCCGACGGCACGGCCAAGCUCGGAGCCAAGGUCUUUGAUUGUGCAACUUUAGGCGUUAAGCGCGGUGCACAGGCUGCACAUGUGCCGGUGGAUGACAUUGAUGAUGAUCUGCCAGAGCUUGAAGCGGCUGUAGGUCAGAUAGUGUUAGGCCCUGCCCAGCUGAAUGCUUUGUUUGAACAGUUGGCUGAAGCAACCCGUGCAGCAUCAGAUGCAGCAGCAGCAGCGGCAGCGGCGGCGACGUCCUCUCGGGACGGUCCGCCAACCUUGACUGGCAAGGACAUGCUGCGUGUGUUGCCGAAGCCUGAGGUUUUUGCAGCUAGCACUAGAGAGCAGGAGCACACGUCUUGGCCAGGUUGGUUUUGGAGUUUUCAGCAGUAUCUUUCAGCUCUUGAUCCGGGCUAUGGGCCCGACCUUGAAGCUUUGGAGGCGAACCCUGGUUCAGUGAUAGCAAAGGGCCAGGGCACCAUUGCACAGCAAGCCAGGUCACGUCAGCUGUAUUCGCUUUUGGCUGCACUCAUUCGUGGCAGAGGUUACAUGAUUGUGCGACAGACCGAGAGUGGAAACGGUUUGGAAGCUUUGCGUCAACUGAUGAGUCUUUUUGCCCCGCGCUCUCAGGGGCGCAGCUUGGGCAUCUUGACAGCGAUCACCCAGGUGCCUUCUUUCAAGCCCUCCGAGGCCUUGCUUCCGCAGAUUCUUGAUUUAGAGCGGGUUUUCACUUCUUAUGAACAGUCAGCUUCAGAGACCCUUCAGGGUAGCGUGAAAACUGCACUUCUUCUGCGAUGUUUGCCUGCUAACACAAAGAAUCAGAUAUAUGCCAGCUUGCCUGAGGAUGCUACUUACACUCAGGUGCGAGAGGCAAGCUUGAGGAUCGAGCGUCAGCAUUUCAAGUGGCAGUCUGUUUCUUACUUUGGGACGGUCCGCGAGGCCACAGCUCAGAGGCAUGAUGAGGCAACGCAGAUGGAAAUUGAUGCCGUGCAGUGGGGUCAGGCGAAUGUGCAUCAGGUUGUCAACAAUCCGACUCCGUCGGAAGCUGCAGCAUCCACCGUGGGGCCGUCAGCGUCCCAGGCAGCGUCCCAGGCCACCACAGCAGUGCGUCGCAUUGAGAUUGAUUUGAGUGCAGUUGGCAGUGGCACAGGCAGCGGCAGUGGAGGCAUUCACAUGAUCACCCAGGCGAUGUCCGCGCCCAGACCGGACCCGGUGUUGCUCGAGCCAUACCCGAGCGAUGAGGUGCUACUCGAGCCGAACCCGAGUGAGGCGAUGUCCGCGCCCAGACCGGACCCGGUGCUGCUCGAGCCCUACCCGAGCGAGGCGACGUCCGCGCCCGAACCGGACUUGGUGCUACUCGAGCCUUUCCCGAGUGAAUUCAUUGAUCUUGUGCAUGCCACACUCCCUGCCAUGACUGUGCAUGAUUCUCUUGUGCGCAACUUUGAGCCAGCUGCCCCAAUGUAUGAUAUGAGCUACAGUGACAGCGAUGGGGAAUGGACGUUUGCGAAUGGAUCCUUGAGUGUUGUGACUUUUGCCCCAGAGCAUCAGGUGUGUGCAAUCCAUCAGGACAUCGAGAUUGUGCUUGACAGUGGGGCCGAUCACUCGUGCCUUCCUGCGGCCUUUGGUUCCACCGGGACCUCAGCGCCGCCAUUGCAAGCAACGUUCCGUGAUGCACAGGGGAAUGUGAUUUCUCCUACGUCGGUGCGAAAUGCAAAGCUUGACCUUGGCAAGCUUUACCGCCAAGGGUUUACGGUUGGCCGUGUGAACAAUGAGCUGAAGCUUUUCCGUGAGGGAGAUGAAGCCUAUGGGGCGGGGCAGGCGGGGCAUCCGCCAGCAAGUCUGGUGGCAAACAAGUGCACAAGCCUGUGCUACGUUGAUUGCACAUUGGCUUUCCCCAGCCUGCCGAUUGCUUUCAGGACCACAUUGCACAACAGCCCGCGUGGCUGGCUUUUGCAUACGCUGAACGAGGAUCUGUCAACUUUGGAUGAUUUUGAGGUUAGGUUCGAGGCUGCAUUUCCAAGGCCCAAGAUGUAUGAGACCAUCACGAUUGGUUCCACGUACCGGCUUGAUGUUCGCCAGUUGUUCCCUGAGCACUCUGAUCACCCGCUUGUGGCAGUGCCAGUGCCAGAGGAGUCAGACGGUGACCCGUCUCCCGAUGCUGCCAUGGACUUGGAUGUCAACAUUGAUGCAGGCGGCGUUGGCUUGGGUGCCAACGAAGGAGAUGCAGAUGAAGGCGAGUCUCCCGGUGCAGCGGGUAACGCGCCCGGUGAGAAACCUGUUGUCGUUGAUGGCACUGAGUUGACCCUUGAUUGCACCCUCGCCACGUUGCGAGCCGCGGCACAGAGUCUUGGGAUAGGUAAGUCGGGUGGUAAGGCGACAGUUCUUAAGAGGAUCAAGGAGUUUCUUGCGCGAAACGAUUUUCUUUGGGCCAACCUUCCGGCUGAUGUGCAGCUGCCUCGUGAGCAGGCGCCGGUGCGAGAGCCAUCCCAGGAUGAAGUGCGCAAGCAUUCGCUGACGCACAUGCCAUUCCAAGCAUGGUGCGCUGAAUGUGUUCAGCAUCGUGCCCGUUCUGAUAGACAUGAGAGGCACCCUGUUGGCGACCGUGAGCAUGCGACAAUUUGUUUUGAUUUUGCUUACACGAGUCGGCCUGAGACCCCUGAACAGAAGCUCGUGUGCCUAGUUGCGUCUUGCAAUUUUACCGGUGCAAAUCAAGCUUGGCCUGUUCCGGCCAAGGGCGGCAAUCUGCAGCUCAGGUACAUGACAUCAGAGCUUACAAGGUGGAUCGCGACUUUAGGCCACAGCGAGGUCACACUGCGCAGUGACCCAGAGCCGGUGUGUUUGUCGUUGCAAAAGCUUGUGCAAGCCCAGCGUCUUCGACUUGGAUUGCGGACCCAUCUUGAGCAGAGUGAGCCUGAUGAUCAUGCGGCCAAUGCGGCCGAACCUGCGGUCGAGACCCUUCGACAGCUGACCAACACGUUGCUUUCUGAGUUUGAGUCCCGGGCAGGUGUCAAGGUGGCAUCGUUGGAUGCAAUGCACGCAUGGGCAUGGCGGCAUGCAAGCUUCAUUCAGCAGCGGUUCACCAGAUCGCAAGGCCAGACUCCGUUCGAGCUGGCAUGUGGGCCGCAGAAAACACGUGAUGCACAACAAGCACCUCCAGAGCCACAGCCAGAUGAGAGUGUCCCGGCCGGUGCGGAUCCACUUCCGUAUCCUGGCUAUGUUCUUCCUGACAAUGCACCGCUGAGUGAACUUGUGCCACCACCAGCCAUCAGAAGUGAUUUUGUGCCAGAGCCACCGCCGCCCAUGCAGGAGGACAGUGGACCUGUCACGCCAUUGCAGCCAGCACCUUUCGAUGCAGAGAUUGUGAGUUCGCCCCUGGCUGUAGUGCCAGACGCUGAGGUGUUAGCCGAGGCGCCAAAUGCUGAUCGUGCCACGGGAUCGUCCGAUCCUGCUUCUUCGUUUGAGCCAGCGGCUGUACGUGUGCCUACCAGGGCUGCUGAGCCGAGUGCAAACGAGCCACGCAAACGGCUUCGUCUUGACGCUGUGACGUUUGAAGGUGUCGACAUGUACCACAACCACGAGGAGAAUGAUUUUGAAUUUGAGGGUGAAAUUUUAGAGGAUUUUGAUUAUGCCGCGGAGGCCGAUGGGGCCCAUGAUGACACGCGGCCGGAGUCAAGCAUUCCUGAGUGCUUGUUGAUCCCUUGGAGUGAGCAUGAGCCAGAGCUGAGCGCUGAGCAGCUUGCACAUGUAGAUGCAGUUGCAAUGCAGUUUGAGGUUGAUCGUCUCCUUGGGAUCCCUGCUCUUGAGCGUUGUGCACAGAUCCUGCCAGAGCACAAGCACUUGACCACCCGUUUUGUGGUAACAUGGCGCUGCAAGACCAUUGCAGGUUGCACAUACUGGCUCCGGCGAGCCAGGCUUGUGGCACGUGAUUUUGCAUUUUUGUGCCCAGGCCGUACCGAUCUGUUUUCCCCUGCAUCGAAUGCUUUGCAAAGCAAGAUCAUCCCAUGUGUCUUCAUUGACAACUACCAUAACGGUUGGCAGUUGGUAUCAUUAGAUGUUACGGAUGCUUACUUGAAUUGCCCGCAGGCAGAGGACACAUGCACAAGUGUCAUGAUCAAUGGCGAACGCUUGUAUUUCAAGCUUCUCAGGCUCCUUCCGGGCCAGCGGGAAGGGAGCCAGACCUGGUUCUACCAGUUCACCGAUGCGCUGAAAGUCGGAAGCCGUGUCGAGCUGAUGCAAGAGGUGCCAUCGCUGUUCCGGUUCCAGCCGGAGGACGGCGGAGGCGGGGGACUUGUGCACGUCGAUGAUUUGCUUGGCACAGGACCUGCAAGUGUGAUCAAGUGCAUGACUGAUCAUCUUGAAAGGGAUUACAAAGUGACUGUGAAUUUGAUUUCGGUGCCAGGCCAAGAGGUUCAUUUUCUUAAGAAGCGGCAUUAUCUUUUGUCGAGCACAGAGUUGCUGAUUGAGGCGAGCCCAAAACACUUGGAAAAGUUGAAAUCUUUGUGCGGCCAUCCCAAGCACCGAAAAUCACCUCUCCCGUCCGGGCGGUUGCCCACGGAGAAGGAGGACGAUGCACCAUUGUCCCAGGAUCAGGCAUUUCGCUUUCGAUCAGCCGUUGGAGUGUUGCUUUAUCUGCAGUCAGACCUCCCGCAUGCCAUGCACAGCAUUCGCCACUUGUCAGGCUUUAUGUCGUCCCCGACCGUUGGGGCAUGGGCAAUCCUGCGGCAUUUGGUCGGUUACUUGAGUGCCACUGAGGGGUACUGUGCAUGCCUUACGGCCGGAGGCAUUGGACACGGUGUGCAAGUGCAUCGCCCAGGGAUCAAUGUCAUCGAGACGUUUAGUGAUGCUGACUGGGGUGGAUGCCGAUCCACCCGACGCUCUGUCUCGUCGUCUGUGAUUCUUUGCAACAGCAAGUUUAUCCAUGCAGCGUCCAAAACGCAAAAGUCGAUUGCACUCUCCAGUGCGGAAUCCGAGUUUGGUGCCGCGGUGUCAGCCGCGAUAGAUGGAACCCUUGUUGCAAGCAUGAUGCGGUUUGUGUCUCCAGAGCCAACGACACCACCGCUCUUGAUGAUUGACAAUUCCGCUGCCCGCGCGAUCCUUCAACGCGCCGGGGUCGGGCGUGUGCGCCAUCUUGAUGUGAAGUUGCUAUGGACGCAACAACGGGUUGCGGAAGGAUUGCUGGAGGUGCUGCCGGCACCCACGCGAACUAAUGUCGCGGACAUUGGCACGAAGCUCCUUGGUGUGCAGCGCACGGAGUUUCUGCUUGGCCUGAUUGGGUUUAGAGAUUCCCGAAAUGGUUAUGCUAGGGUUGGAGAUGCAAUCUUGAGCACAGAGCACAAUGUCCAGGCCAUUCGCAAUGUGUGCAAGGAUCUGUCAAAGAUCGCAAAGGGUGAUGCCACGGCAAACACCGCCCGCAUCCUUAGUGUUAUCUUGAUUGCCAUGCAGGCAACUGGAAGCCUGGGUGCAGAGGAUGGCGAUGAUGCCAAUGACGACGAUGCGACUUUGACCUUUCUUGAUGCGAUUCUUGAAUCCUUGGUGCAGAUCGUCGGCUAUGCAUCCGCAGUGUAUGAAACAUACCCUUCAACAUGUGUUGCGGUGUGCCAGUGCAUUGCAAUCACUGCAUUCUUGAUGUGUGCGUUCAUGUGUUGUGGCCGACGGAUGACAGAUGUUCCAGAAGCAUCUGUGCAGGUGCGCAUCGCGUCUGGAGUUGCGGUAGAUGUCCGAACAUCCCGCAUUGAGCCCAAAGCCAAAGCUGGUGAUCAGGUGCGUGGAGCGCGACCCAAAACCGCGAGUCGACCAAAGCUUGAUGACGACGAUGAGCGAGCCCAGAGUCCUGGUGCGCACGAGGUCCAAACAUGCAAACCAGGAUUAUCCACCGAUGUGCUGCGAUCGAGCAGCGAGGCCAGUGAGAGGAUCCCGAGAGCACGUCCGAUUCCACAGCGCCGGGUGCCACAAGCCCGAAGCGCAGACAACGUGUGGAUUUCGACAAGUCAGGGAUACGCUUAUCAUAAAGCUGCAUGUGGCAAGUUGAACCAAUCGCACGGCGUCACUGAGGUGUCGCGAGCAGUUGCUGAGGAGCGCGGCUACCGCGCGUGCCGCAUAUGCAAACCUUGA